AUGAGAAAAGAUCUAAAAAGCAUAGAUUGGGACAGUUUGUUCACUUGUAAGGAUGUGAUUGUUUCAGGUGCAUUGUGGGCAGAGAAAUAUGUAAGAGGAGUUUUGGGAAGAGCGAUCACAAUCGAUUGUCACUAUGAAGCAAAAUACUGUUCAGACACAAAGUAUUGGUGCCAUGGACUGAUUCCACAAUGUUCAGUUUUAGUGGAAACAAAUAGGCGACAUGGACGGAGUGGACGAGUGUCAAUCACAGAUAAUCCACAACAGGGAAUAUUUACUGUUACUAUGGAGGAUCUUCACUCUGGAGAUACAGGAUGGUACAGCUGUGCAAUUACAAAAAUAGGUCACAAUCUGUUAUUUAAUGUACAUCUGCAUGUAAUUGAAGAAUGUGUGUCUGAACCUGUGCUUAGGUUUCUGCCAUCAGCAAAUGCUUUAAAUUUGCAGAACUCACUGUCAGUGUCCUGUGAGUCUGUUCAAGGAUCGCUUCCCAUUCAGUACGUGUGGUAUGAAAAGACAGAAUCUGAGGAUACAAUGAUCUCAAACACUAGCACAUUGGAUCUACAUUGUCAAUCCUUCAAACACCAACAGUAUUACUGCACUGUCUCGAAUUAUUGUGGACCAAAAGCCAGUGAGAUACUGGAUGUGACAGCCUCCAACGUUAUAGAAAAAUGUACAGGUACUUCAGAUACCACCACCAUUGUCUCCACAGGGUCCGGAUAUUCUUGUGAAAGUUCUGGAAAUGAAUCAGCAAUAAUAACCCCUUCUACAAAUCCAGAAAUAAAAGACAAUGACAGACAAAGACUCGUUUCCAUAAUCGUGCUCAGUGUCACUGGAGUUCUUGUCAUGGUUUUUAUUGUUUGGUUCCUAAACUGUAAACUCAAGGACACCAAGUUCAAAAUGUUUCACAGAACAAGCAAGAAUGAAACCCAGGAAACAACAGCAUCCGAAGAUCAAGAUGCAUAUGCAACAGUGCUGGAGAUUCAAAGUGACAGGACACCUGCCCAGCUGGCUAACAAAGAAAAUGGGGCCAUGGAUGCAACAAUGGAACUUCAAAGGAAAUCAACAGCAGAUCCCUCUGUUAAUGGAGAGAGUAAUGUCUUCUACACAGAUGUUAAAUUUAUAAACAAUCCCCCAAAGGUCAACAGAAAAUAUUCAUCUCCUGGUAUGCCAGAGAACUCUACAAAGACAAUUUAUGCCAUUGUAUUGCGGGCAAAGGAAUACGUAAAAGGAGUUGUGGGAAGAGCGAUCACAAUCGAUUGUCACUAUGAAGCAAAUUACAGCCUACACACAAAGUAUUGGUGCCAUAGAUGGAGUCAACAAUGUUCAGUUUUAGUGGAAACAAAUGGGCAACAGGGAUGGAGUGGACAAGUGUCAAUCACAGAUAACCCGGAACAGGGAAUAUUUAAUGUUACUAUGGAGAAACUUCACUCUGGAGAUACAGGAUGGUACAGCUGUGGAAUUACAACACCAGGUGCCAAUCUGAUGUUUAAUGUAAAUCUACAAGUAUAUGAUGAACCUGUGUCUGUUCCUGUGCUUCGAUAUCUGUCACCAGCAAAGGUCUCACAUCUUGGUGGCUCAUUGAGAGUUUCCUGUGAGUCCUUCUAGGGAUCCCUUCCCAUUCAGUACAGAUGGUAUGAACAAACCUCAUCUGGGUAUUACAAGAUCUCAGACUCCGAUGAACUGACUCUGCAUUGUCAAUCCUUCAACCACCAGCACCAUCAAUAUUACUGCAGAGUCUCGAAUCGGCUUGGAGCAAAAUCCAAUGCAAUGGUUAAUGUGACAGUCUUCAACAACAGAGAGAUCUGCAGUUAUGUGACAGAAAUCAAUGGCACCAUUUCAGGUGCUUUAUGGGCUGAAGAUAAAGUAAGAGGAGUUGUGGGAAGAGCGGUCACAAUCGAUUGUCACUAUGCACCAAUGUACCGCUCACACCAAAAGUAUUUCUGCUGCAUGUGGGAUCGCCAGUGCACAUCAUUAGUGAAUACAAAUGGGCAAAGUGAACAGUAUGGAAGGAUGACAAUCAGAGAUAACACAUCCCAGGGAAUAUUUACUGUUACUAUGGAGAAUCUUGUCUCUCAAGAUACAGGAGUUUACAGAUGUGGAAUUGCAACAUCUGGCAAUCAUCCAAUGUUUGAUAUGCAUCUACAAGUAUCUGAUGAACCGGUGUCUGUUCCUGUGCUUCAGUUUCUGUCUCCUGCAAAUGUCUCGUGUGGUGGGGGAUCCGUGUCACUGUCCUGUGAGUCUGCACUGGGAUCCCUUCCCAUUCAAUACACAUGGUAUGAAAACACCUCAUCAGUGGAUUCAAAGAUCUCUGACACCAGUAAACUGGAUCUACAUUGUCAAUCCUUCAAACACCAGCACCAUCAAUAUUACUGCACAGCCUUGAAUACUCAUGGAGCGAAAUCCAGUGAAAUAGUGAAUGUGUCCAACUGCAACAGAGAAGACAAUUACAGACUUGUGAUUUGGUUUACUAACACUGGUAUUGUAGCCCUAACAACAGAUCUCCCAGAGCUGGCAGAUGCCAGCUGCCUGGCUGGAACUUUCACCUCUGUCUGCACAGAAUUAAAUAGUGUUUGCAAUCGCAGCAAUCAAGCCCUGCAACUUCCCUAG